AUGACUGACGAAAUCUCUCAACUAAAUAACCUUAAAGUGGUUGAUCUAAAAAAUAGAUUGAAAAAUUUAGGUUUGAGCACUGCUGGUCUAAAGCAGCAGUUGGUGGAUAGACUUGCUGAAGCACUCCAGCCCAAAGCUGGCGAUGUAGAGCAAACUGAAGAAGAAACCGGUGAGGUGCAACAAGAUGAGUUAGAAAAUGAAAAUGAAAAUGAAAAUAAGAAGACCGAUGACAGGGCAGUUGAAACCGAAACACCAACACUCAGCGCGCGUGAGAACCAAGAUGAGCAGGAGCCAGAAAUUGCAGCAAAUGGAACCGAAGACCCCAGUGCAACGGAUGCUGAGAAAAACGAUCCCAACGAUGACACAAAACUUUCUAAGAGCGGUUCGAAUGGUGAAGAGUCUUUGAGUGCGUUGGCCAAUGGAGAACAGGCAGAAGAUACUGGUAUACCAGAAACUACAAGCACUGAUGCAGAACAGCUAAACUCCUUUAAAAGGGCUUCAUCUCCGACUCUAGAUGAUACAUCUGCGCCUGCUCCUAAAAAGGCGCGAAGCCAUGGAGCAGCCAUUCACCCAGCGACGAACACGCUUUAUGUGAGCAACCUCUCGAGACCAUUAGUAUCCUCAGCAUUUCAGGAGUAUGUUGAGGGUGUUGCUGAAGAAUCAGCAUCAUAUUUCUGGAUGGAUAAACUAAAAACUCACUGUUUUGUCACAUUCUCAUCAACAGAAGUUGCAACGAGAGCGCGCACUGCGAUUCACAGGAGCCGAUAUCCUAGUGGUGAGUUGUCAAGAAAGCAACUUUUUGCUGACUUUAUUCCUGAAGAAACUGCUCAUAAAUUUGCUGAAGAAGCUGAUGACUCCAAAGGUCCAUGGCGUAAGAUGAAAGUUCUGUACACCGUCAAUGACACAGGUGUAGAGCUAACACUAGUUCCUCACAGUACCAAAGUAAAUAAGCCGAACGCCAAUGGACACAGUCAAACUAAGGCUUUACCUAGUGGCCCCAGUAAUUCAAGCGUUGCGAAGCCCAGAAGCGAUUCAAGGAGGGGCUUGCCCAUUCUAUGGACGAGGACAAAUCCUUCGAUUAAAUUUAGAGAAGCGCGUUAA